AUGGCCCGCAACAGGUUUAUGCAGUAUUUGCGCGGCACAGAGAGCAGGCCUGGUGAGGCUGCCCUGUUGCGCAAGAUUGACUUUUUCAUUCUCACAUUCUGCUGUCUGAUGUACUUUGCCAACUAUUUGGAUCGAAGCAACUUGAACAAUGCUUAUGUUUCCGGAAUGAAGGAGGAUUUGAACUUCCAGGGAAAGCAGCUCAAUCUGAUCAAUACCAUAUUUACCGUCGGAUAUAUUCUUGGCCAGGUCCCCUCCAAUCUGGCUCUCAUCUACUUCAAGCCUAGGAUAUUCUUCCCUUGUAUGAUGCUGUUCUGGGGCGGCUUGACCAUGAUUACUGCUGCCGUGAAGAACCCACAGUCCAUCAUGGCCAUCCGCUUCUUCCUCGGGUUGGCUGAAUCCAGCACUUUCGUCGGCACCCACUACAUUCUCGGUUCGUGGUACACAGAGUCCGAGUUGGGGAAACGAAGUGGAAUUUUCACUGCCUCGGGUCUUGCAGGGACUAUGUUUGGCGGCUUCAUCCAGACCGGUAUCCAUAAGUCGCUACAUGGCACCAGGGAAUUGGCUGGUUGGAGAUGGUUGUUUAUUAUCGACGGUCUCAUAACCUUACCAAUUGCCCUUUACGGUCUCUUCCUCUUCCCCGACACCCCUUCCACCACCAAUGCCCCCUACCUGAAUGCCGAUGAGCGCGCCCUCGCCAUCUCCCGCGUUCCUGAACCUGUGCGCGAACGCACCCCGUUCAGUCUCUCUUUCCUCAAGCGCGUCUUGAGCUCAUGGCAUUGGUACGGCUUCGUCAUGCUCUGGAUUAUCGCGGGAGAAACCGAAUCCUUCUCCACAAAUGCCCUCCUGGCCCUCUAUAUGAAAUCUCACACGACCAACAAAUACUCCAUCUCGCAGCUCAACAAUUACCCCACAGGCGUGCCGGCUGUCGGCAUCGUGUCAACGAUUGCCUGGGCUACAUUGACUGAUUUCUUGCAUGGGAAGAGGUACCUGGUCGGCUAUUGGAUUGGUAUCACUGGCGUUGUUACUUCUGCGAUGAUUUUGUCCCCCGGAGCGUCGACAGCGGCGAUCUUUGGCGCAUACUAUUGGGCCGGCUCCGUGUAUGCGUGUCAGGCAACGUUCUUUGCGUGGGCUAAUGAUGCCAUGCGGUAUAAGAAUGAUGCGUUGCGGAGCGUUGUCAUUGCCAGCAUGAAUAUGGGGAGUAAUGUGGUUAACGCGUGGUGGGCUUUGCUCUUCUACUCAGCCGAUCAGGCACCCUUUUUCACGAAAGGUAUGUGGGCAAUGAUUGCCUGCUCGAUUGCAAUGGCCAUUUGGACUGCGGGCAUUGUAUACUUCUCCGUCCGGGAUGAGAAGAUCGAGGAGGCGCAAAGACCGGAGGACGAACCUCAGAAAAUGGUUGAGAAGAUAGAUGUGAAUGGGAGCACAGUCUAA